AUGGACAGAACGGCUAAUAUGAAUAAUUUUGAAAGUUGCAUGAAAGCAAAAAAUUGUGUGAACAGAAACGUAGAAAGAUCGGAAAGAUUUUGCGUAAGUUGUCGUAAUCAUGGUAGAAAAGUUCGCAUUAACGGUCACAAAAAUUUUUGUCCAUAUCGCGAUUGUCAAUGUGAACAUUGCUUGUUGGUUCAAUCAGCGCGAGAAUUAACACUAAAAGAACGGAAACUACAACGAAAAACUAAAUUAAAUCAAGACAAUGUUGUUGAGAUGAAGUCUGUUAAAUAUAUGGAUAGUCGAAAUUGUAUGAAUUUGGAAAAUGAAAAAUCAAGUGAAGUCGAAUCAAAAUUAGGUGAAACUUUCUCGGAAGAAGAAUUGACUGAGGCAUUCGAAGGAAACAACUUUAUAUCAGAUUUUGAUAAAAUAAUGGAAAACGGUUCAGAAUGGCUAAAUAAUAUCAGCAGUAUGGAAUCCAAACAUUUCUGA